ACUGCCAACCAUCAACCAAUACCAAUGUUAUUAAUUUAGUCACCCAUCAGCCAUGUCAAGGUGUUAGUGUAGUGUCAGUUUUUUCAUGGUGAAAAUUAAUGUUGAUGUGUGUUGUGUUUAUAGUGUUUGAAUCAACAAUUUUGUGGAUUACCUACCAAACAUGAGCUGGGGGACGGAGCUUUGGGACCAGUACGAGAACCUGUCCCUGCACACACAGAAGGGCAUAGACUUCCUGGAGAAGUACGGCCACUUCAUCAGGGAUAGGUGCGACAUCGAGAAGGAAUACGCUGCUAGACUUAGGAAACUUGUAAAAACAUACACACCAAAGAAAAAGGAUGAAGAAGAUUACCAGUACACAGGAUGUAAGGCGUUCAAGUCGAUGAUGAAUGAGGUAAAUGACAUGGCGGGACAACAUGAGGUGAUAGCAGAGAACUUACAGACGGACGUCAUCCGAGAAGUCACCAUACUAGUCAAGGACAUGAAGGAGGAGAGGAAAAAGCAUUUACAAGAAGGGGCCCGCAUGAUGACAUCGUUGAACAACCAGAUAAUGACGUUAGAGAGAUCGAGGAAGAACUACGAGAAGGCAUUCAAGGAGGCGGAGAGAGCCAUUGAGAACUUCCAGAAGGCAGAUGCAGACUACAACUUAAGCAGAGCUGAGGUGGAAAAACAAAGGAUGAACAUGACACUCAAGAGUCAAUUGUGUGAAGAGAACAAGAACGAGUAUGCCAACCAGCUGCAGCGGACCAACGACCUACAGAACCAACAUUAUCACAUUCACAUGCCCGAAGUAUUCAGACAACUGCAGGAGCUGGAUGAGAAGAGGAUAAAGAACAUCAAGAACUUCAUGAUCCAUUCAGUGGACGUUGAACGAAAGGUGUUCCCCAUCAUCAACCAGUGUCUGGACGGCAUCGUCACUGCGGCCAAUCAGAUCAACGAGAAGGACGACACAUUAAUGGUGAUAGAGAGAUACAAGUCAGGUUACCAACCCCCCGCAGAUUUCCCGUUUGAGGACCUCAGCCGCACAGACUCCACCCCUACCCCCACCCCCGCCAUCAUGAGGACCGAAGCAGUCACAGUCAAGGGAACCAUGACGGCUGGCAAGAUCAAGAAGAGGGUCGGGCUAUUCUCGCUCUUCGGAUCAAACAAGCUAAUCGAUGUGUGCAACUCACUGAAGAACAACUUAUCUUCUUAUGGGGAUAACAAGGAGGACUUUAGUGAUCUUCCUCCAAACCAGAGGAAAAAGAGGCUUCAAAUGAAAAUUGAGGAGAUCUUGGCAAAAAUACAACAGGAAACUGCUGCCAGGGACGGGUUGAUGAAGAUGAAAGGAGUUUAUGAGUCGAACCCGAGCAUGGGAGACCCAAUGACGAUAGAGGGGCAGUUGAACGCGAGCAGUCACAACCUAGAGAAGCUGAGACAAGAGCUGCAGAAAUACCAGGGAUAUCUGGAGGAGGUGGAGGGGGGUGGAGGCAGUCCUGCUAACAGACGACACAACAACUCUACCAACAAUGUCAACACCAACGGACUGCAGAGGCUACACAGAAACAGCGGAGGUAGUGGAGGAGAGGAAGAGUCGCUGAGCAGAUCUGCGUCUGACUCCAGUGUUGCCAACCACAACCACAAGCAGAGCGCGCCAGGCACGCCACUACCACAGCACGGGUGCUCGGACAGUCCUGAGUCAGGGUUGGGAACCUCGCACACCUCACUCCCCGGCUCAGACGACGCUCCACAGACAGAGUACUACGACAUGGAGCUGCUGCCACCCCUCGGCACCUGCCGGGCGCUCUACCCCUUCGAAGCGACCAGUGAAGGCAGCAUUCCCAUGAGUGACGGAGAGGAGCUGUUGAUCAUAGAGGUGGACCAAGGUGACGGCUGGACGAGGGUGCGUCGGAUGAAUGACUUGGAGGAAGGCUUCGUACCCACAUCUUACAUCGAGAGCACCGUCAUAUCCAAUUGUUAACAUCCCCUGCAGCCGAGCUGCCAGACACAGCUGGUGACUCCGGCGCCUGAACCUUUGAGCACAAUUGGCCCAGUAUCAAGAGAACAUGCGGCCCUCCCUGCGCGCUUCUGUACAUCCGUCGUCUCGCGCUGUCGUUACGUAUUGACUUUGUUUCGCAGGAUGUUUACACGCGUUCACUAAAAUAAGAAUGUUGAGUGUUUGUUACGAGUGUUGCAGGUAUUGUGUAACUUGGAAAACGCAGGAUGUCUACCGGUAUUUUAAUAUAACUUGAAACUUACUAAUUUUAAUCUAAAGGCAAGUCCAGGAUUUUUAACAGGGCCAUAAGCAUGAAAUAUUUAAAAUCUGACAUUUCUAUUUUAAAACCUUGCAAAAAUACAAGCAACUUUGGGAUAGAAUAUAGUUUUUCAUAACUUUUUUAAACAAAAAAACUACACAGUGCGUGAUUUGCCUAUACAUUUUAACAAUUUGCUUAAUUAACCCAUGGAUUAUGAAAUUCGGGUAAUUUUUUACUUUGUUGAAGAUAGUACACUACACAUAUUUUUACUCAAGGGUACUUACUGGUAGACACCCUGAAAUGUCAAUUUGCUUUUUGAUUUUUUCAGAACAAUAUCUCUGCCAUUUAGUGAUCUAAAUUUUUGUCAUAGCAUUUUGUAGUUUUUAAAAUGUAGUGCUAUUUGCUGCGUUUUUAUUUAACUAUAAUUUUAGAACUGUUUAAAUGUUUCAAAAUCAGGAAAUUAAGGUUGUGAACAGAUAAUAUGUCUCGCCAAUUUCAAAGUUGUGCUAAACUUAUUUAAACAAAAUUUGAAGUUAAUUUGAAAUAAUUUAAAUAUUUUGCUCAAAAUUUUGGAAUUGUCAAUGGAUGUGUGAGUGUUGUAGUAUUUUUCGCUAGUCUAGUUAAAGUACAUUUUGAUAGGACUAUACAUUCCAUGAAGCCCCUGGAGGUUACUAUCUGCUUCCUCGCUGAUUUUAGUAUGGAAUACUUUCCUUUUGUAUAUUUUAUCUAGUUAAAAAUCUAUAUUUCCAAUUUAAAUUAUUUUACUAUAAAAUAAAACUACAUGUAAAUAUAUGUAACAAGUAGGAAAAUUAGUGUAAUUUACUUUUAUAUUAAUCAGUGUCCAUAUAUAUAUUAAAGCGUAAUGUAAUAUAUAUGUGUAAUAAUUUGAAAUUGUGGUGACAUUUUUUGUGAGCUUAGUUGUCUUUAUAUGUGAUAGUCUGUAAAUCUUAUCUAAUCGUAAAGUAAUACCACGGACUAACAUUUUUUUAAUUCAGUAUAGCAUAUGUUUGUACAUUUGUAUAAUGUGUUUACCAUAAGUGGUGUAUUGUUGGCAUUUUGUUGUUACGUUGACUGUACGCUUUGACAGAUAUUUUUGUAUUUUACAUUGUAUGAUUGCUAGCAAUUUCGAAGUCGUUCAUAUCCAGAUUGUUUGAAGUCUUAUUUGCCAAUAUAUUUAUCCAUAUAGAAUUAUGUGAAUUUCUACAAAAUAACUGUCAGUUAACAAAAUUAAAAGUAGCAAAAUAAAUAACUUAUAAAGUAGCUCAAUGAAAAUGUUAAUCAACCCAAGUAAGUGAUACAUUUUUAUUUGUUUUGAAUUUGCCCAUGCUUUCUCUUUACUUCCAGCCCUUAACUCUAACUAUGAUUUUAUCAGUUUAGUUUGUCUUGUUAAUAAAUCAUGUUCUGUAAAAAUAAAACAAUAGUUCAAUGCAUAAAACUCUCACUGGUAAGUCACAUCUAGUGUAAGGCAGCUUCUGAGCAUAAUGUAGUUAAUAAUUUUAUGAUAUUUUAUAUUAUAAUUUAUCACUUUUACUGUUGUUAUAGGCUACAACAUAUUUACUAGCAUUGAAGUUGAAAAAGAAAUGGAACGAUCAAAGGAGCUUUUAGCAGUUCUUUUUUAUAGGUUACUCAAUUUUCUACUAUCCAUGACGAGUCAACUAGUUUAAGCUACCUAGCUGGUCAAAACUUGUCAGGAUACAUUUUUUAGUUGGCUUGUUUUAAUAAUAAUAUAUUUAGGGCCUAAAGUGACUCUUUUUGACCCGAGGUCAAUUUUUACGAUCGAGGCGAAGCCAAGGUUGGAAUAUGAGUGAGGGUUAAAAAGUCACUUUUUGCCCGUGUGGUGAACUAUAUUUUUCGUCAUAUUGCAUCAUUGAAUAACAAAAACAAAGUUCGAAAACAAAAUAAUUUUUUUGUAAAGAUAUCCUCUCAAAAUGACGUCCAGCUUGUUUUCAAUUCUGCUAAUGCAAAUAAGCAGCUGUUUGGUAAGUGAUUCAAAUAUUUCGUCUAUUAGGAUUGUGUUACCUACUAUGCCAUCGAUAUGUCGAGCAAUCGACAACAAUAGGCAAAAACCUUACCUAAUAAAUCAAUCGAUAAAUAGUUCCAAUCGAUACGAUUGCCACAAUCAAAAUUUACAACUGUUUACAACAGUUGAUUUUUACUCCCUAGAGACAAAAAAUGAUUUUUACUCCCUAGAGACUAAAAAUUAUUUUUACUCCCUAGAGACUAAACAUUAUUUUUACUCCCUAGAGACUAAAAAUUAUUUUUACUCCCUAGAGACUAAAAAUGCUACUUUAAACCCGCAACGCAUGCAUUAAAAACAGCGGUUUUUGCUGCAGUAUGACGAAAAAGGUUUUUCUUCCUUUGUUUGUAUGAUUCACUUUUAGUGAGUUUUAAUAGUAGCCUAGCUUUCUUUAUUUUUGCACAGUAAACAAAUAUUAAAGUAUAUUAAAAAGAAUAGGUCCUUACAUAAAUGUAUUUUCAACCUCAAAUACUAGUAAAUGUUUGAAAGAUAGUGAUGGGUAAUGCAAGUUUGACUAGACUUAUGUAAUGCAACUUUUGUUACAAGUUGCUGAAGAAGUGUAGUUGAUCAUCUCAAGAAUAUAUCUCUUGUCAUUUGUCAUACUACAAAAAAUUUAUUUAUAAAAAAAAUUACUUAGUAAAAUUAUUUAUUUUUGUGCAUUUUGGUUUCUGCUCUGUUCAACAACGUUUUAUAAUUGAAUCGUCUGGUUUAUGGUUCAGUUACAUCUAAAAUAAUCAAGUUAACCUUUUGGUAUCAAAACUAUAGGUAUUGAAGGCAGACAUUGGUAUAGUUACGUUUACAUCUUUCCUAAAAACGAACAAUGAAUAUUGUAUUAGCAUAAGCAAGUGGUACCAGCUCAAUUGAAUUAAUUGUAAUUAUUUAUUUUACUUGUGUAAAUAAAAUUAGUUAUUGUUGCUUACUGUGAUCUUGCAGUUUGGGCUGGCCUAAAGUUGAAAAAGAAAAUUAUUUUGAGGGUUGGAAUUUUAAAACUGAAAGUGUUUUUUUGCAUUAGAGAUAUUCUUAUAUUGCUGGUUUAAGAUAACUGUGAAUUGUAUGAACUAAUUUACAACUAAUAUGAGAAUAUAUUUUAGAUUUCUUUAUAAUUAAAUAUGUAGUAAACUUCUUCUAGUUAAUGAAUUAGAGUGAUUGUAAACAAUAUAAACCUUUUAUAGUAUUAAUAAAGCUAUUGUUACAUCUGUAAUUUAUGUACAACAAAUCAAGUCCACACACAAAAUGUAACUAUUGAAUUAUUUAUGUAAAUGACGGUUUUCUUGUUUUGGUUAAAUUUCCUUAAAUUUUGCUAAAUGAAAAGGACCAAGAAAUCUCUGCUUCAUAGCCAUUAGUUAAAAUUUAACAAGCGUUUGUUAAUAAUUACCUGGAAGCAGUUAGGAUAUUUUACAACAACGCAUCACAAAUCGAUUAGAUGUUCUAGCACUCUAUUUAUUACGCUUAGUGUUUUUGUGUUUUUCUGAUAAAUGUGAAGCAACAGGUGUGUAUCUUUGCCAACGCAGACUUGGCAUUGUUGUGCGUGUACAGUCUUGCCGAAUGUGGAUUAAGCAAUGUUGUACAUGUACAGACUUGUUAAAAGCAGUCUUGGUAAGGCUGUGCGUAUUCAGUCUUGCCCUGCGUGGUUGUGUGUGUUGUGUGUACAGAAAUUUUGUGCCAACUCUUGAUCACUGCACUAUAGAUUGUUGCAGACUGUCUUAUACCCCUUUUACGUUUAAUGGACUAAAGGAGGGCAAGUACAAAUUUGAUCAUUGAAAAACCUUAGCAAAAUGAACAAACAUUCCUUUACAGCAAAACUGUCUUAAGUUUUUACCUUUGUAAAGGUUGUGUAAUCCGUCCUGCAAAAUCGGUAAAUUGUAGAAUUUAGAGAUAGUUAAUGGACAUUGAUAGAUAAGUAGGAACAUGAUGUUAAAUAUUCUUACAAAGUGCUGUCAUAUACAUCUCUUUUCUGAUGAAAUAAAUAGUUUCAUAUAUUUGCUUUAAUUUAUGUAACGUAGAUUCAUAACGAUUUGUAGAACCUCAAUGGUGCAGUGAUGUUCAAACAGUUAAAUGUAAUGAUGCAAAGUGUAGGGUCGAAGCUCUCGUUGUUUCAUAUUAUUGUAUAUUAUCUGUUAAUAUGUAUAAGUUACGAUCAAGUUUUCGUGUUCACUGUCGUAGUUGUUAAUACAAGACUGAAUGUUACGAACAACACGGUCGCGAGGACUAGGGUCAGCGUAUGUAUCAUGGUGUUAUUGCAAUAUAGAGUAAUCUCUAGCUUUAAGCCUUCGUAUGCUUGUAUAUACUCUGUUUGGAACUUAUUACUAGGAGCUCAUUUCAAAUAUAACAUUUUUAUUGA